AUGCUGCUGGACGAUGCGCGUGACGGCCCCGACACGCAGCAUUCGGCCUCCUCACUGAAGGCAUUGCGGUAUGAAGAGGCGCAGGAAGACUUCACGCCGAGACGAGCUAGCCCGAGCAACACGACCACCACCUCCUCCUCCUCCUCCUCCACCCCGCCGCUGAGCAGAUCCGAGCUGUCCUUCUCCAGACCACGGACCUCACCGUCCCCACGUCCCUUCGACGUCGCAUCACUGCGCUCCAACGAGACCGGCAUCAAGCGCGACAGCGGCAUAGCGCCUUCUGUGUGCACCAGCGACAGCCACCCGUCCCUGCCCAACACUGCUGCAGGUGCGGCGCGAGAGCCGACACUGCCUACCAUUGUCGUGCAGAAUGAGGCAUCGCUGGCGUCAAUUGACGAGCGGAGCCGGUCGCCGUUCGCGAACAGGACGGGGUUGAGACAGCGACCGCGGCAGGCACAGUCAGCGUCGCCGCCGCGAGGCGUGGCCAGAAUGAGCUCCUUCAAGGGUAUCCAGACCGACAUCCCUACCAUCAGCGCAGAUGACAUCAACCUGGAUGACCUGGCCACCGAUAAGGUUUCGUUCUCUACCAGAGGCAGCCUUUUGUUUGGAGGCAAGAAGAUGCAGGACUUGAUUGCCGCAAAGGGCGAAGAAGGUGCACAACCCAAUGGCACGACAACACCAGCGCCGAUCGUGGGCCCGAGGCAUGAAACACCGCACGACGAGACUCAGAGCCAGACUCAGGCUCAGACUCAGAGUGAGACUCAGGCCACCGCGGAGCGUCCCGACCAUGUUCAGAACGACGAGAAGCCAAAGCAAGGCCUGGUCUCGGGGAGAAGGAAACCUAGCGUGCAGAUGCUGCAAGCUGCUCUCCAGGGUGGACGCGUCUUGUCAGCAGAAGAGAUUACGUUCUCUCUCAAAGUCCGGAGUAUGUAUGAGCAUGGCGAUGAGCGCGCCGCGACUUGGGUCGCACCACUGGACGAAGUACUGUCUGAGAGAAGUACGCCGGUCGAUCGAGAUACGAGCGUCACUCCGGACAUGACCAACGGCGACAUCCACGUUGCGAAGAGACGGCCAGACCACAAUCCCUACACGAUGGACAGCGCCGACCCACGUGCCAGCUAUUACUCGAAGGCAUCUCAUGAGGUCGCGGGUGGCUUUGAAGACUGGGACGAGAUUGACGGUCGCGCUGUCGACAGGUACGGCUUCAUCCACGCAAACCGACCAGCAUCUCGCUUUAGCAUGGCAUCUUCGAUCGAGCGGCCUGGCAUGCAGCGUAUAGCCACUUCUCUGCGCAUCGAAUCGAAUCGCGAUCGCAAACUGGCUAGAGGCCCGUCUAGUAAGCGGUCCUCGCGGUCUCUGCCUCCCAAGUCGAGCAGCGAGUGGACACCCAAGAGAGGUCCUGAGUCGGUGCAUAGUACGCAUUCGAACACGGCCAGGAGGAAUCCUUUCCGCUCCAGGACUAGGAAAGCAGUCGCUGAGGCGUCGAAUAUGCUCACGGUGCCGCCCGGAUUGGCUGACAUCAACGAGGACGAGGAUGCUGGCAAGACAGCUUCGACAUUGAAGCAGCGCGAAUGGGCACGUGAGGAGAAAUGGCAGAAGAUGGCGCGACCUUUGCGACACAAGGGUGACCCCAAGGGUGGCGGCAUGCGGUUCGAUUUUGACACCACCGACUCCAAGCUCAUCGAGCGCACCUGGAAGGGCAUACCAGACCGCUGGCGAGCGACCGCUUGGCACAGCUUCCUAUCAGCCAGCGCCAAAAAGCGCAACAGCACCACGACGGACGAAGAACUCAUCGGCCAAUUCUUCAAGCUGCAAGAAAUGCCGUCACCCGAUGACGUACAAAUCGAUGUGGAUGUACCACGGACAGUCAACAUGCAUGUCAUGUUUCGACGUCGCUACCGUGGCGGCCAACGUCUUCUCUUCCGAGUCCUGCACGCGGUCAGCCUUUACUUCCCGGACACCGGAUACGUACAGGGCAUGGCGAGCUUAGCGGCGACAUUGCUAUGCUACUUUGACGAGGAGAAAGCUUUCGUGAUGAUGGUACGACUCUGGCAGUUACGGGGUCUGGAUGAACUCUUCCAGGAUGGAUUCGCAGGGUUAAUGACGUGUCUCAACGAGUUCGAGACUCAAUGGCUCGGUGGCGGAGAGGUCGCAGCCAAGCUGGAGGAACUUAACAUCACCUCCACCGCGUACGGCACGAGGUGGUACCUUACAUUGUUCAACAUGAGCAUCCCCUUCCCAGCACAGCUACGAGUAUGGGAUGUGUUCAUGCUCCUGGGUGAUGCUACGAGUAACGAGACUGGUUCCUUUGGUGGCGCCGACCUGGAUGUCCUGCAUGCGACUAGUGCGGCACUCAUCGAUGCCACGAGGGACAUACUUCUAGACAGCGACUUCGAGAACGCCAUGAAAGUCUUGACGAGCUUUGUCCCCGUCAAGGACGAGGAUGUGCUCAUGAGGGUUGCCAAAGCGGAGUAUAAGAUGAAGAAGAAAAGAGACGGCGUCAAGGCAUAG